AUGAACGAAAACGAAGUCUGGAGCUUCGGCCUCUGUCUUUCGGAGACAGCAGCAGCUCCUUCUGUUCAAAACUUCGCAGUGGAGAAGGUCUCGCUGUCUGAGUGGGCGUGGGUGACGGAGUUUUCUCUCUCGCUUUCUCCCAUUUGGGACGCAAAGAAAGAAAUGAUGCUGGAAGACUACUGCGCGGUGUACACGCAGUGGUGCGAGCAGCUCAAAAUAAACACCAAUUUGGUCUUUAAGGGGCAGCGGCGCUUCGAGGCUUCCACUAAUAACCCCCCAGAAUGCCUUGCUGCUGCUGCUGCUGCUUCUGCUGCUGAUGCAGCAGCAGCAGCAGCAGCAGCAGCAGCAGCAGCAGCAGCAGCAGCAGCAGCAGUUGAGGUCAAAGCCCAAGUCUUGUCUUCAACUGCUGAAGAAGAACAAAAAGAAAUUUAUUUAAUUCGAAGCUUCAACGGCAUGCCGCUGCUGCCAGCAGCAGCAGCAGCUUGCCUGGUCACCAGCUGCCUCAGUUCCUUUUUGAUUAAGUUUGGACCUCUUUUUGGAAUUGAAGAAUUUUCUGCAAAGACAGCAGCCGAAGAAGUUGGCUGCGGAGUCUGCGGGGGGCAGUUGGCCUUCCGCUUCGGAGUACAUACACCUGAAGAAACGCAGUGGAGCCGAAUUGUCCUGGUGGGCCAAAUUUAA